UUUAUAAAAAAAAUUGUGUUUCGUGCCGGUAAUUUAGAAAUUAAGCAACAAAUUAUGGAGCAAACCUUAUCGUUACGUCGUAUGAUAUGUGAGACCAACAUACUAUCCCGUUCCGAUUGUUCAGCGGCACUCUCACAAGGUGCAACACAGGUGAUGGUUUCUGCUAACGGACCAGCCGAGGUAAAGCUCAGAAAUGCAGAAUCAGAAAAUGCGCACCUCGAGGUACAGUACCGCUCGAAUGCUGGCCUGGAGGAUAUACAGAACCGCCUCGUGGAAAGCCUUAUCAAACGAUCGUUCGUCCGCGUGGUCGCCUCCACAGCUUUUCCCCGAUCCGCGGUGUACGUUUUUGUGCAGGAGAUGACCGAUAAAGGAGGUCUACUGGCCUGUUGUAUUAAUGCGACCUGUCUGGCGUUGAUUACCGGUGGGAUCGAGCUGAACUUUACCGUUGCCGCCGUGCACUGUAUCAUCGACGAGGAUGGUAACACGAUCCUGGAUCCGGACAGCAAACAGAUGAAGCUAGCGCGGAGCUCGUUCACGUUCGUCUACGAUAGCAUUGCCAAAAACACCGUGACCUCGUACGUGUACGGUAGCUUCACGUUCGACGAGUAUGAGCGCGUGGCAUCGGUUUGCAAGGAAGCUGUGGAUAAAAUUUUUAAUUUCUAUCGUAAAGUCUCCGAAAACAUAACGCAAGUUGUCACUAGUGAUAGCUAAUAAAAGAGAGAGGGGGAAAAUGAA